AUGAGAAUCUUUAUAAUAGUUGGCUUAAUAGCUUUGAGCAAUUGUGUCUCGUUUAGUUUAACCUAAAGAUGUGCUUGCAGUGAAUAUGGAUAAACUUUAUGCGAUCUUUAUCCUUAUUGCGCUUGGAGUGGAUCUGCCUGUAUUGACAUGGAUUGCACAUACUUAAAAUCAGCUGAUACAUGCACAGGAGCAAAGUCAGCAUAUCAAUGUUAAUGGAAUACUUCAUCAAGUAAAUGUGAAACUCACACAUACGCUUGUUCUGAAGUAUCAAAGGAUGACUGUGAAGAAAAGAUGUUUGGAUUUGAUUGCAUGUGGGUAAAUGACAAAUGCUAAGAUUUCUCUUGCGCAUCUGCUACUGGUGAUGCAUGCAGUCCAUUCAAUUGUGCUAUGACAGAUUCAUCUGAAACUUGUGGCGAACCUAAAAGUCUUGAUUGUUCAUCAUUUACAACCAAAGCUACUUGUGAUUAGACAGAUGGAAAUGGUAAUAUGUGCCAUAUGAACAACGAUUCUGUUUGCACAUAAUAUGAUAUUUUCUCUCAAAAUUGUGGUGACUAUUCAAGCACAAAGGACUUUUGUGAAACUAUGUGUACAUAUGUGGACAGUUCAAAAACAUGUUAAGCAAAAAGUUGUGCAGAUUUUACUACUUAGGACGAUUGUAUUGUGUAAUUAGAUUUACCAGGAUUGAAAGUUACUCCAUGCACUUGGAGUGGUACAGCUUGUCAAGAAUCUACAGCUGCAGAUGUCGAAAAAUUGGAUAUGCUUUCAUGUAUGGUUGUAACAAUGUUAAAUUAUAAAUGGUCAUUGGAUAAUAGCAAAUGUACUGCAUGCACAUAAUUUACAACCAAUCCAUAAUUUUAAUAUUUAUAGGACUAUUUAAACGGUGAAAGCUAUGGUGUUCAAAUCGGAGCAAUAAUUGUUGGAUUAAGCUUAAUUUUCAAUUGA